AUGGGCCUCCAGCGCUCAAAUGUGACAAUCAUCCACCCGGAUUUGGGUAUCGGCGGCGCAGAGCGGCUGAUAAUUGAUGUCGCCCUAGCCCUGCAGAACCGAGGCCACCGCGUAACGAUCUACACCUCCCACCGCGAUAAGACGCACUGCUUCGACGAGGCGCGCGAUGGCACACUAGACGUCCGUGUGCGCGGCAACACCAUCUUCCCCGCCCAUGUCUUCGGCCGACUUCACAUCCUUAUGGCCGCGCUGCGCCAGCUACAUCUUACCGUGUCAUUACUGGGUGAGCUUGGUGCACGCGGGACCUCGAAGACAGCCACCGACGAGGAAGAUUGUGACGAUAUAUUCAUUGUGGACCAGUUACCGGCCUGUGUGCCUUUAUUGAAAUCAUUCGGCCGCCCGCGCGAGUCCCGACGCCAGCGCAUUCUGUUUUAUUGUCAUUUCCCGGAUCAAUUGCUUGCGCGUCGAGAUGAGGGCGGGUCGCUUCUUCGGUUGGCGAAGAUGCUGUACCGGUUUCCGUUUGACUGGUUUGAAGGCUGGGCUAUGAGUGCGUCGGAUCGGGUCGUUGCUAAUUCUAAAUUCUCCCGUGGGGUUGUACGUGGCGUUUUUGGCUCGGACCGGCUGGGUGAUGUGGAAGUGGUCUAUCCGUGUGUCGAUAUGGAUGCGGGGGUAGCAGAACCCAAGAAAGUGGAGGAGGAUCCUCUCUGGGGUGGAAAGAAGAUUUUGCUUAGCAUCAAUCGCUUCGAGCGUAAGAAGGAUAUGGCGUUGGCCAUUCGCGCGUAUAAUGGAUUAGGGGCAGAGAAAAGGGAAGGGACGCGAUUGGUGAUUGCUGGCGGUUACGACAAUCGUGUCCAGGAGAAUGUUCAGUAUCACCAAGAGCUGGACGAGCUUGCGACGAGUCUCGGGUUGGAGACCGCGACCUCUAAGACAGUCCUCUCUGCACUUUCAAUCCCCGACACGAUCGAUGUCCUGUUUCUUCUUUCAGUUCCCACCGCAUUCAAAGAUACCCUGUUGGCGCAAUCGAAACUCCUUCUCUACACCCCAAUCAAUGAACACUUUGGCAUUGUACCCGUCGAGGCAAUGCGCGUUGGUCUCCCAGUACUAGCAUCAAACACCGGCGGUCCACUGGAGACGAUUGUGGAGGGCGAAACGGGCUGGCUCCGCGAUGCCCACGCAGAUGAAGAAUGGACUGCUGUGAUGGACAAGGCUCUUUACAGAUUGAGCCAAGAGGAUGCUCAACGCAUGGCUCUUGCUGGCAAGAAGAGGGCACAGGAAAAAUUCUCGCUCACUGCUAUGGGCGAUAGGCUCGAAGAAGAAAUUACCACCAUGCUUAACGCCGAGAGAAGGCCGUUCAAUGGAUGGCAACAGGUCUUCGCCAUUUUUGCUCUGAUUGGGGCUGUUCUUGCAGUGAUGGCUGCAAUCCUGCUUCAAUUGAUGUAA